AUGCCUAAACGCAUUAUCAUUGACACCGACCCAGGCGUCGAUGACAUCCUGGCCCUCCUCCUGUCCUUCUCCGCAUCCUCGGCCGAGCUAGAAGUGGCACUCAUCUCCCUGACGUUCGGCAACAUCGAGAUAAAGAAGUGUCUCCGCAACGCGGUGUCGGUGUUCCACGUUAUUGAGAAGGAACUCGCUCAUCGCGGGGAGGCGGGGAAGCACGCCUUCUCUGCGCUCAAGGCAUGCCGGCCCAUUCUUGCCUGUGGCGCCGAGGGCCCUCUGGACGGCAGCAAGGUUGACGCGGGAUACUUUCAUGGUUUCGAUGGACUGGGGAACGUUCAUACAAAGUGUCCCCAUCUCUCCGCCGACGACACCUACCAGGCCCUGUUUGCGAGUGAAGAAGAAGAGGCCGCAGACGAAGGCGAGAAGCUGUAUAUACCGUCUCGCCAGCCGUCUCAUCUGGAGAUCCUCCGCCUGCUGCGCGAGAAUGAGGAAGACAGCAUUACCAUUGUGGCCGUGGGGCCGCUGACAAACCUUGCCCUGGCCGCGGCCGAGGACCUGCCUACUUUCCUGCGAGCCAAGGAGGUGGCCAUCAUGGGCGGAGCCAUCGACGAGCCAGGAAAUGUCACCCCCUUUGCGGAGUUCAACGUCUUCGCGGACCCCCUUGCAGCCGCCCAGCUGAUGGCGCUGACAUCGCUUAACCCACGGCGCACCUGGCCCGCAGCCUCGCCAAUGGCCGCUCCACGACGUCUGGACAAGAGACUUACUCUGAAGAUGGCACCGCUGGACCUGACGCACACGCAGAACUUCACUCCGACGGCCUUCCGCGCCGCCAUCACGCCGCACCUGCAGCGCAGCUCCCCGCUGGCCGAGCUGGUCUCCACCGUGGUCGAGCACACCUUCAGCACGAUCCGGGAGCUCAAGCUGGCCCGGCACGAGGCGGCGACGGCGGAAGAGGAGAUGAGCCUGCACGACCCCGUGUGCGUGUGGUACGUGCUGACGGGCGGGAGCGAGACAUGGCGGUGGCAGGAGCGAGACGUGCGGGUAGAGACGACGGGCCAGUGGACGCGAGGCGCGACGGUGGUGGACAGGCGGCUUGUCGGGCGGGUUGACGCCGACGUGGUGGACCAGGUGGUGGUGGAGGGCGAAGAGGAGAUCGCAGUCGUGGCGGAGGAGCAGGAGGACGACCGCGGCGGGUGGAGGGCGGGCGGCAACCGCGUGGGCGUGCUGGAGCGCGGGCCUGACAGCUUACUAAGCGAGGAGCUCCUCCGGCGAGUCUUUAGCCAGUAG